UUUUUCAAAGCAACAAGAAAUGUCUUGGGACGACGAGGACGAAGAUCAGGGCUACAAGGCGGUCGGCAAGGCUGCGGCGCCUGCUGGGCAGUGGGACGACGAGGACGCCGACGACAAGGUCAGCGAGGCAUGGGACGCCGAGGAGGACGACGACAAGGACAAGGGUGGUGCUGCUGCUGCGACUGGCGCUGGUGCUGCUGCUGCUCCGGCCAAGAAGAAGAAGCGGUCCAUCCACCAGGCCGCCGCCGAGCGCGAGGCAAAGGAGGCCGAGGAGCGCAAGAAGAUGGCAGAGAAGGCCGCCGCUGCCGCCGAGGCUGCUGCCGCUGCAGAGCGCGCACUCACGCCCGCACAGCGACAGCGUCUGGUCGAGCAGUCAGACCUCGACGUCGCAAAGGACUUGUUCGGCGGCGACGACGAGCCGCGCAAGGCCGCCAAGUCCAACAACAAUGCUGGCGGCAUUCUCGACGCGAUGGUCCCGGACACGGCUGCCGAGUUUGAAGAGUACGGCAAGGCCCUCCGCAAGAAGUUUACCUCGUUCGAAAAAUCGUUCGAGUUUGCCAACUUUUUCCACGCGUUUGUGCGCGAUGCGGCUGCGGGUCUGCCGAGCGACGAGUUGCGAAAACUCACGGCCACGCUCAACGUAUUAACCAACGAGAAGCAAAAGGACGAGAAGGGCCCCGCCAAGAAGGGCAAGCCAAAGAAGGGCCCCGUCAAGAAGAUUGGUCUGGACGAAGACUUUGUUGAAAACCCUUACGACGAUGCUGCGGAUUUCAUGUGAUCAUUUUUUUUUCUAUGUCGAGUUAAGCAGUUGUCAAGAUGACCA